AGCGUGCGCGGAGGCAGGGUCAGCUUUCACAAGGACCAAAGACAAUCAGGUUAAAGAAAAACACUCUCAGAUGUUGUUUGCUUUUCUGGGGACAAAAAUAAGAAAGGACGUCAACCUGAAGGAGGAAAAGGAAAGCGAGGCCAUGCAGGCUGACAUCGGGGGCGAGGAAGAUGAGACGUUCACUGACAUCUCGCUGGCAGACGACACAGUGGACAGCAGACCUGCAGCCCUGUAUACUAAGCCGGAGAACGAGCUCUUCAUCAUGAACUGUGAUAUAGACGGGGAUAUGGAAAACCAGGUGGAGAUGGAGGAGAAGACUCGGCUUAUAAAUCAGGUGUUGGAACUUCAGCAUACUCUGGAAGACCUGUCAGCGCGGGUGGAUGCAGUGAAGGAGGAGAACUUGAAGUUAAAGUCUGAGAACCAGGUUCUCGGGCAGUAUAUUGAGAACCUCAUGUCCGCGUCCAGUGUCUUUCAGACCACCGACACCAAGAGCAAACGGAAGUGAGGACUUCCUGUCUCAGUCUCCAACCAGUGGGCCGCUGAAGCAAACAAGAAUCUGGAAUGAAUACUAUUGGAUCUAUAACAAAUACCAUUGUGACCAUUAAGCUUCUUUUCAAUACAUGUUUUUUUAUUUAUUUUAUGUAUUGUCCCAAGUGGAAGUCACCACGUCCACGCGUUGCAUGUUCGUUCUUGGUUUUUUUCCACUGCCCGGCACAACAUUGUGGAAAAUGUAUUAGAGUGGCAUGUGCACCUUAUUGCAGCAUUUGUUAGUCCAGCUUAUCAGUCAUAAAAUAAAACAGUUGAGUUUUUAACAACAGUGAAUACUAAAAAAAUAAAAUAGGUUAGCGUAGCUCUAUCAUUGGUUUGUAAAUGAGGACGGGUUGGACAGGAAGUAAAGAUGCUUUCUACUGUAGGGCCGCCAAAACAAAAGCAUCAAAGUGGUUUAGAGUGCUAUUGAUCUGCUGUGGCAGGCCAGGACAAAGCUGCAAACGACUGAAGCAUCAAGUAAAGGGCGUGUCCAUUAACAAGGAACAACACUGCAAAAUUGUACUUACUGCCAAAAUCUUUAUUUUUUUUGGCAAAGUUUUACCUCGUGUGUUAACAAUGGGUGAAAAGGGAAAGAUCGCUCUAAGUUAUUUAUUUUGAUAUUUUCAAGUUGUAUUCUAUGAGUAGAUACCCAGCACUGUUCCUUUUGUUUUUAAUAAAAGCUUAAGCUCAA